UGAUGAUGACGACAGUGAUGAGGAAGUUUAUGUAAAUGAUAAAACCCGCCCCCUUGUGAUCCGCGGGAAAAGUUAAAAAUGGCGACGGUGGAAGUUUGAAGUUUAGCGCCAGAGAGAGAAGAGACCCAGACCCGGACCCAGACUAGGACCCAGACUCGGACCCGGACCCGGACCCAGACCCCGAGGACACCCACUGAAGACACAGACCACCUGUCUGUCCCGCUGCCGGUCUGUGGUGCAGGAGCAUGUUUGAGGACCUGGUUGAAGCCUUCUGUGAUCUGGAGCCUCAGGUGUCCCCAGGGGGCGGGGCAUGUCAGAGGGGGCAGGGCCUGGAGGAAGAGGAAGGGGAGGAGUCCAGUCUAAGUGUCGGACAGUUCGUCCUCUGUCAUUGGUCAGAUGGACUCUACUACCUGGGCAAGAUACAGAGGGUGAGCCCCCCCAGGCACAGUUGCUUCGUCACAUUUGAGGAUAACUCCAAGUUCUGGGUUCUCUGGAAGGACAUCCAACAUGCUGGAUUGCCGGGGGAGGAGCCUCGAUGCUCUGUGUGUCGGGGGGUGGAGGCAAACUCUGACGGCCAAUCGAACAACCAGAUCCUCAUCUGUGGGAAGUGUGGCAUCGGUUUCCACCAGCAGUGUCAUGUUCCUCCUGUAGAGGGCAGCAACAGUCACAGUCCCUGGUUCUGUAGACGCUGUGUCUUUGCUCUGGCUGUUAGGAAAGGGGGCGCCCUGAAGAAAGGUCCUAUAGCGAAGGUGCUGUCGGCCAUGAAGCAGGUUCUGUUGUACGACCCAGACUCCCUGGACUGGGACUCCCAGCACCGGACCAAUCAGCAGCAGUGUUACUGUUACUGUGGAGGCCCUGGAGAGUGGUACCUGAAGAUGCUGCAGUGCCUCAGGUGUCAGCAGUGGUUCCACGAGGCCUGUACUCAGGGUCUGCAGGAGUCCAUGAUGUUCGGAGACCGGUUCUACCUCUUCCUGUGCUCCGUGUGUAAUAAAGGAUCAGAGUACGUCCGCCGUCUGUCUCUGAGGUGGGUCGACCUGGUCCACCUGGUUCUGUACAACCUGUCCGUCAGCAGCAAGAAGAAGUACUUUGAGCUGGACGAGAUCCUCGCCUUCGUCUCUGCCAACUGGGACCAUCUACAGCUCGGAAAGCUGUCUAACACUCCUCCAGCAGACAGGGGACAGCACCUUCUGGACGCUCUGAACAAAUACAAGAGCAAGUUUCUGUGUGGGAAGGAGAUCAAGAAAAGGAAGUGCAUCUUCCGUCUGAGGACCAGAGUUCCCCCCAACCCCCCCUCCAAGCUCUUUCCUGAGCGUGCCCAGAACGAAGGGGGGCGGGGGCGUAAGAAGAGCGUAGUCCGAAACAGCACCGCAGCCGAGAGGAAGAGCAGGAAGUCCAAGUGGCUGCUGGAAGACGCCAUUCCUAACAGCGAGUUUUCCUGCAGCUGGACGUCCAACCACCACAUGGCCAACAUCUUCGACUUCACCCUGGAUGAACUGCAGAGCCUCAAGAGUUCGUCCAGUAGAACCGUCAGUACCGAUCAGGACUCCACCGACGCCUCCACCUCAGGUUCUGCUUCCACCAGCGCCUCCUACAGCUUCAGGAGGAGGGUCGGCAGCAGGAAGAGGAAGCUACCUAGCAACAGCUACAGCCAGUGGGCCAAUCGCAGUGAGGAGGGGGAGGAGCUUGGAGGGGAGGAGCUGUCUGGGAUUCUGGAGGAUCCGCAAGCCACAAAUCACCUGCCAUCUGACUCCUCCCACUUCCUUUCUGACUCCUCACAGCUGUCGUCUGACUCCUCCCACCUCCACUCCUCCAUAUCCUCCUACUUUGGAGCAGCGGGCAGACUUACCAAUGGGGAGAGGUACCAGGUGCUAGCUCGACGUGUCACUCCUCAAGGGACGGUCCAGUACCUGCUGGAGUGGGAGGGAACAACACCAUAUUAGGAUAUUGACAUGUGAUUACUCCUCUCAGCUCUUUGCUGAUUGGUCAGUCAGAGCUCAGUUAACCUGCCUGACUGACCCCUUUUACUGAGGUCAUCGAUUUUAAUACAGCUUGAUGUUUUUCAACUGUCGCUUUUUAUUUUAUCAUAAACACAAAGUCUUGUUUCUCAAAGGGAACAAGACAACAGCGUCCCACACACGUCCUCACAAACCCUGUAUGUCUCCUCAGUCCGUCCCCACUGUCUUCAUCAUCACGUCCCAGCAAACAGCUUCUAUUAGAACCUUCUGUAUGUCCCCGUAAACCUGUUCAGACAUGUAAACCUGUUCAGACGUGUGUCCCCGUAAACCUGUUCAGACAUGUAAACCUGUUCAGACAUGUGUCCCCGUAAACCUGUUCAGACAUGUAAACCUGUUCAGACCUGUGUCCCUGUAAACCUGUUCAGACGUGUGUCCCCGUAAACCUGUUCAGACAUGUGUCCCCGUAAACCUGUUCAGACAUGUAAACCUGUUCAGACAUGUGUCCCCGUAAACCUGUUCAGACAUGUAAACCUGUUCAGACGUGUGUCCCCGUAAACCUGUUCAGACAUGUAAACCUGUUCAGACCUGUGUCCCUGUAAACCUGUUCAGACGUGUGUCCCCGUAAACCUGUUCAGACAUGUAAACCUGUUCAGACAUGUGUCCCCGUAAACCUGUUCAGACAUGUAAACCUGUUCAGACAUGUGUCCCCGUAAACCUGUUCAGACGUGUGUCCCCGUAAACCUGUUCAGACAUGUAAACCUGUUCAGACGUGUCCCCGUAAACCUGUUCAAACGUGUCAACCUGUUCAGACAUGUAAACCUGUUCAGAUGUGUCGUCUCAUCACUCACGCGUGUUCUUGCACUAUCACUAUUGUCACGUUCAGUAUCUAUGCAAACAUCCACUGAAACUGAUAAUUGAUCACAGGCAUUGAUCAGUGAUCAGGAGCCGUGUGCCGUUAAGAGGAAUAUUUUAAAAAGCUAUUAUGAUAAAUAUUAAUAUGUUCAACAUUAAUAUUCAGAGAUUAGCUCAAAGCUAAUACAGCCCAUUGUUUUGAAUGAUGAAUGCUAAAAAUGCAAACGGUCUCUGAGACGUUAAACUGUCACUCUGUCACUUUAACCCUGCAGCUCCUCCUCCUCGCUGCCAUGGUAACCACGCUCCACUGCCAUUGGUCUGUCGGAUGGUUGUUGUGAUCAUGUGACUAUUUGUCUGUUGAGCUGACCAAUCAGCUGCCAGCUUUCUCUGGAAUAAAAAUAUGUUUGACCUUUGA